UAUAAAUAUUGUGUAUGACGUCGAUUGUAAUCGCAGUUGUUGAACAUACGUUACAACAGUUGGUAGUAGCACAGUCAUUUUACUCUUCUUUAAACAUCUCCUUAUGUUCAUAAUGCGUUCAUUCUUGGUGGUGUGUUGUAUUGCCGCUGUGUCAGCUCAAUAUAAUUACGGCCCCCUGGUCAAUAAUAUUGCCGACGUUGGUGUGAAUACUGAGGAUCUGAACUUUUCUCAACAACAAGUUCAGCCACUUCAAGAGGAAUACAGCAAAUCUUUCUUUUCCUUUAGUGCCCCUGAACAUGAAUUUGAAGAUGUAAAUGCUGGCGAAAAAAUUGCCAAUGCCCUGAAGAAGAAUCUGCGUGUGGUAUUUAUUAAAGGUCCGGAGAACAAAGGUCUCGAAGAAGCGGCCCUACAGUUGGCCAAAACUGCUGCCGAUGAUCGCACUGCCAUCUAUGUGCUCAGCAAACAAUCUGAUAUUGGUUCUCUGGCCAAUCAACUUCAGCAACUCAAAUCCAGCACCGACAACAAACCAGAAGUUCAUUUUGUCAAAUAUCGCACACAGGCAGAUGCAGAAAAUGCCCAGCGUACAAUUCAGUCUCAAUACAAUAGCUUACCUGGUGCAUCCAAUAAUAAUGCUCCUAGUUCUGCUCCAGUUUUGGAUUUCGCAUCGAAAUCGGCGUUCUCCGGCAAUGAAGCUGUUGCCGUACCACCACCAACACCAGCACCAACUUCGACAUCACCAUCUAGGACUUAUGUACCACCAAGAAGUUCGUAUCUACCACCCAGCAAAAGAGUUAAGUGAUAAGCAACGCAAUAGCAGUUAGUAGUUUUAAGGCCUAAAGCAAUUGUAAAUAUAUUUUUUGAGUAGAUUUUAAUACAAAAUGUUCUUGUACGAAAUUAA